AUGCGUGACACCACUCCAUUGCAUGCGUUUCUCAACCUGGCGCGUCAACUAGCUAGGGAACCUUGCACGGAACUUAACUGGAGUAGGUUUGUCGAUCUGGUAGACCAGAUGACAGCGGAGGCCGCUAUCAUCGUUAAAUUACCGGUAAGGACGGAGAAAGGAGCAUCAAGUAGGCGUUCUGCGAUCGAUCCGAACGACGCUCAAGGAAUUCAGACGCUUUACAGACGUAACCGACGUCGAGCAGUCCGCGUGAUCAUCAGCGGCGAAGGUAUGACGUGUGACAUCCCUACUGAGGAAGUGGAAGCCCAUUUUCGCCGUGUGUGGGCACCGUCAGAGUGCGACACAUCGGCGUACAUCCCGGUUGAGGGCAGGGAGCCCAUGCCGUCAGGCCCGUUUUCCAACGCGGAAGUAGCAAAGAGGCUACAGAAAUUCGAGAACACUGCUCCCGGGGAUGACGGACUAACCUACAGUCACUGGAGGAGAUUAGACCCUGGAUGCAGCAUCCUAACAGAAAUCAUUAAUACCUGCUUGCGGUACAGGCGAGUUCCGGCGGUGUGGAAACGUUCGGUCACUGUUCUAAUUUAUAAGAAGGGUGAUGUGACUGACGUUACUAAUUGGAGGCCUAUUUCCCUCAGCAGAACUCUGUACAAGUUAUACGCUGGGUGCAUUGCAGGUCGUCUCACGGAUUGGCUGAUCCGAAACAGGGUACUUAGUCCUUGCCAGAAGGGGUUCCUACCUGCGGACGGAGCGUUCGAACAUGUCCACACGCUUAAUCGGUCUCUCGAAAAGGCGAGGACCGGUCGAGCCGAUAGGUGUGUGGCGUGGCUCGAUAUAUCGAACGCGUUCGGUGCAAUUCCACAUAUGGCCCUGGAGGCAGCCAUCUCGGCGUGCGGGGCUGGAAAUGGUCUGGUCGAGAUCAUCAGGGAUCUAUACGACGGGGCUUCGGCAAGCGUUAGCGUAGCUGCGGGAACUACAGCAGCCAUUGAUAUUAGGUCGGGCAUUAAACAAGGUUGCCCGCUUAGUGGCCUACUAUUCAUUCUGGCCAUUGACCCUGUGGUAACGGCCAUUCAGGGAGAAGCCGAACUCCACCGUGUCCUGGCAUUUGCAGACGAUUUGUGCCUCAUCGAAAACUCGCCAGAGGCAUUGCAACGAUCGAUAGACGCCACACGCACACGACUAAGAUCAAUUGGUCCGCAGCUGAAUGCGGCCAAGUGUGCGUCGCUACAUUUGUCCGGCUGUACGCCUGUUGGGGUGCGGGGGACCAGUUUCCAAGUAGAUGGUGUCCUGAUGAAGCUUUUGAGGGAAGGCGAGGCAGCCACAUUUUUAGGAGCCCAAGUAGGCUUUAACAUCGUCCCUCGAAUGGCCUCCCUGGCUGAAAUAACAGACAUUGGUCUAAAGAUAGCACGGAGUAAGCUGGCCCCGUGGCAACGGAUUGACGCCCUCAAAACUUUCUUCUACCCAUCUACUGUCCACAUGCAACGAAUGGGAACUUUUUCAAAAUCCGACUGGGCCACGAUAGAUCGGAUCCUCCGGCCAGAAUUAAAAAAGACUUUCUAUCUUCCGCAGGAGGCCUCCGGAGAGUUCCUCUAUGGCUCGGCGAAACGUGGUGGAUGCGGCAUACGGCUGCUCGCGGAAGACAGUGACAUUGCAGCAGUCGAUAGCAGUUUCAAACUACUCACGUCACCGGACCUUCGCCUAGCAUCAGACGCGGCAACCCAUGCAAAAGAAACGACUGGGAGGCGUCUACGGAAAAAUGCAGACUCAACUGAAGUAGGUCUUUACCUGUCAGGAGAAGAGAACGGUGUAUUCCGUGAAACACGUGGAUAUGGUGGUGUGACCAAUGUUUGGUCAAGAGCACGUAAUGCAUCGAAACGACUAGGCGUCUCUUGGACUGUGGAUGGUGACAAUACAGCCAUUACCUAUGACGGGGCGGUUUUACGGCGAAAACAACGUCGAGAGAUAAUGAGAACCAUCCGUGAAUCACUCCGUCUAAAAAGGUCUGAGACCCUUACUGCAAAACCGGACCAAGGCAGGGCCAUGGAGUGCGUAGCAGCGGACUUGGCGUCUACACACUUUAUCAAGUCAGGAGAUUUCACGCGGUUCGCGGACUGGAGGUUUAUCCACAGGGCGAGGCUGAACUUGGUGCCGCUGAACGGCUCCUCGUCAUGGAGGACUGGUGACCGUAGGUGUCGGCGAUGUGGGUACACAACAGAAAGCUUAUCCCACGUCGUCGAUCACUGUAUGCGAUACACCGCGCUCUACAUGGCCAGGCACAAUUCUAUAGUGGCUAGGAUCAAAAAAGCAGCCGGGACGCGGUUCCAGGUGAUCGCCGAGAACACAACGAUUGGGACACAGAAACUACGGCCGGACCUAGUGAUUAAGAGAGGAAAGACGGUUCUCAUUAUCGAUGUAACGGUCCCGUUCGAUAACAGAAUGGCUGCUUUUGAAGUUGCGGCCAGAUCGAAAAAAGAAAAAUACGAACAACUAAGAGCGGAGCUUGCUAGCGAGCAUGGAGCUGCUGAGGUAGUCCCAUUCAUUGUCGGCGCACUGGGAUCAUGGGACCCUAAUAAUAAUAAAUUUAUGCGCCAGUUAUGCAGCCGGAAAUAUGGGGACCUGAUGCGAAAAUUGUGCGUAAGCGAUACCAUCAGGUCCAGCAGAAAUAUAUACAUUGAACAUAUUACGGGAGUUCGGCAGGAGCCGGAUUUAAUUUAAUUUAAAGUUUAUACUAUCUUUCUUUUUUAUAUACAUUAUUUUUUUUUUCCUUUUUCUGUACACUUCCUGAAACAUACACAAAUAAAAUCUGUUCUUAUCAGCUUAACAUCUGAUACACUUCCACGUGAAGUGCCAUAUGUUAAACUAAUUUUUGAAAACAGGCGGAGAAUUUGGAGCUUGCUCCUACUCCGCCACGGGUUGAUCCGGUAUUGCAGUACCACC